UCUUUGCUCUCUGUUUAGAGUGAGGAAAUGUGGACAGAUGCAUAUAACAUCCAAGAAAACCAGCUUCAUCAGCAUUCACCUUUGUGCUUCUUGGUAAUAUGUAUUUGAAGCCAUGUAAUGUUUAACAGAGGAAAACAGCAGUAUGAGUAAAGCAGAAACAGCACAACCAUAAGAGAGCAAGAGCCUUCUGAGUGUAAUUAGCUGUGAAGAAAGAUGAAGGCCACCCUUCCACUGUGCUUUCUGGUGACCAUGCUUCACCUCAGUGUUCACAGCCUGACCCAGACUGACCACCCCAGUGACCAGAACAAUGCAACUGACCCCCAGGAGCUACAUUCCCACGAGGGAGAUCCUCUCGAGUCCUGCCAGCGGAUAGUCCCCAGCAACACAGACUUUGCCUUUCGGUUUUACAGGCAAGCAACCACCCAAGAACCUGGCAAGAACAUUUUCUUUUCCCCAGUCAGCAUCUCGGCUGCCUUUGCCCUUCUGGCCUUGGGCUCCAGAGCCACCAGCCAGGCUCAGGUGCUGGAAGGGCUGGCCUUUAACCUCACCAACAUUCAAGAGGAGGAGAUACAUGAUGGCUUUCGUCAUCUCCUGCUCUUGCUGAACCGCCCUGGCAGCCAGGUACAGCUGAUUAUGGGGAACACCCUGUUCAUGGACAGUCACCUGAAGCCACUGAAAACAUUUCUGAAGGACAUCAAAAAGCUGUACAGAGGAAAAGUUGUUUCUAGUAACUUCCAGAAUUCCACCGAAGCUAAAAAAGAAAUCAAUGAUCAUGUAAAGAAUAAAACUCAUGGGAAUAUAAAGCAAAUACUUAAAGAACUUGAUCCAAACACCCUAAUGGUAAUCGUUAACUAUAUUUAUUUCAAAGCUUACUGGGAAAAUCCUUUCAGUAUUAGGGGGACCCACAAGGAUUAUUUCCAUGUGAAUGCAAAGACCUCAGUUGAAGUGAAGAUGAUGACUCGAGAUGGAUUUUAUAAAGUAUACUCUGACAGGAAGCUGUCUUGCGAGGUGGUGCAGAUUCCUUACAAGGGAGAUGUUGCAGCCCUGUUUAUCCUGCCCAAUGAAGGAAAAAUGAAGCAGUUGGAACGCAGCCUGACAAAAGACACUGUGUCUAAAUGGGAAAAAUCAUUUCAAAGAUGGAGGAUAGAAGUGCAUAUUCCAAAACUAUCGGUUUCGGGCACCUAUGACUUAAAGAAGAUCUUAAUGAAUCUGGGUGUAACUGAUGUGUUUUCUGACCAAGCUGAUCUGUCUGGAAUCACAGGAAACCUUGAUGUGAAGGUUUCAAAAGCUGCUCACAAGGCCCUGCUGAAGAUUCAUGAGAAUGGCACAGAGGCUGCAGCAGUCACUGGCAUAGAUUUUCUUCCUCAUUCCAUUCCUCCUGUUGUUAAGUUCAACCGUCCAUUUUUGCUGUUGAUUGUUGAUCAAUAUACUCAGA